CUACUGAAAGACUUAGUGAUGCUUCAGUUCUUGUGAGAGAAGGUGCAACUUUGCGUGAAGGUUUACACACAGCGGCGCUCUCAAGAAUUUCAAAUUGGUGAUCGUUGAAGGUGACUCUAACUACCCGCAGUUUGCUUUCUCUGUCCUCAUCCUCUCUGAUCCUCCUCUCUCAAAUUAUCAGAUCAAAACCCAAUAAAUUCAAAGAACGAAACUAAUCUGUUAAUCAAAGAGAAACCCAAUUCGAUAAUCAAACCCGAAGAAUAAACACCAACUCUGAAUUUCAGUUCAAAUAUAGAUCAGUAUAGAUAGUAUGGAAGGUAUUGUCGUAUUGAUUCCAUUGAAUCCCAUAAGCAUCAGUAGAGGAGAUCGGGGAAAAGCCAAACCUCGUUCUUUUGGAAUAGAAAUACGAACGAGCAAAUCUUUAGGAAUUGAAACACGACAAGCAAGGGUGUGCAGCGUUGCGUACGAUGUGGCGGCGUCGACAAAGGUGUUGGGUGAUAUUUGAAUUCUAGGGAAUCAGAUUAGAGAACACGAGAUCGGACCUUUUGCUGGAGUAAACUGGGUUCUUGCCUCUCCGUUUUCCUCCUCACUCGCCUAGCCGUCGGACUCCAAACGAACCACUAACCACCCCAAUUAAGAUAAGAGGCUUGUCCACGUGUCUAAUUAAACGGUCGAGAUUUGACGGUGUGUGAACUUCUGUUUCCCCUAUUAUUGUACUCAUCCACACACAAGUUUUACAAUAUGUGUAUAUAUGGGCUUGUCAUUUCCCACAACGAUAUCUACUUUUGCAAGCUAAGCUUGAGCAAAUUAAUUACCUCUCUUCUACCUCAGAGUCUCAGACUAUUUCCAAAUGAAGAAAGCUUCUGAGCUAAUUUUCAUACCAACCCCAGGUAUUGGUCACAUCGUUUCGACAGUUGAGAUUGCAAAGCUCCUCAUCUCUAGAGAUGACAACCUCUUCAUCACAAUCCUCAUCAUGAGGUACCCCUUCACUACAGACGGCAGCGACGCCUACAUCAAGUCCGUGGAAGACCCUUCGUUGAAGAGGCAGCGCAUCAGGUUCGUCAACCUGCCACAAGAACAAUUCCAAGGAACCGGCGCCACCGCCUUCUUCGCCUUCAUCGACGGCCACAAGUCUCAAGUCAAAGAUGCCGUCACUAAACUGCUCACUGUGACUGAAUCCGAGCCUCGAAUUGCCGGGUUUGUCAUCGACAUGUUCUGCACAGGGAUGAUUGACGCGGCUAACGAAUUCGGGCUUCCUACCUACGUGUUCUACACCUCUGGGGCGGCGAAUCUUGGGCUCGUCUUCCACCUCCAGUCCUUACGUGAUGAACAGAACAAGGACUGCACGGAGUUUAAGGACUCGGACGCCGAGUUGGUCGUCCCGAGUUUCAUCAACCCCUUGCCGGCUGCAAAAGUCUUGCCUGCUGUGAUUCUCGAGAAGGACUCGUCCGACGUCUUCCUCAACUUUGCCAAAAGGUACAGAGAGACCAAGGGUAUUUUAAUUAACACGUUCCUUGAGCUCGAAGCUCACGCUCUUCAGUCUCUCAGUUCGAACGGUAAGAUCCCUCCGGUGUACCCAGUCGGACCUAUACUGAACGUUAAGGGUGAUGACAGCCGAGCGGGCUCGGAGAAGUCGAAGCAGAAGUCGGAUAUCUUGGAGUGGCUUGAUGAACAGCCUCCGUUAUCUGUGGUGUACUUGUGCUUCGGGAGCAUGGGAUGCUUUGGAGAGGACCAAGUAAGAGAGAUAGCUCACGCACUCGAGCAAGCUGGGUUUCGGUUCUUGUGGUCUCUACGUCAACCCUCAAUGGAGAAGAUUGUUUUCCCGACUGAUUACACGGAUUACAGUACAGUCUUGCCGGAAGGGUUUCUCGAUCGGACGGCUAAUAUAGGGAAGGUCAUAGGUUGGGCGCCGCAAGUAGCUAUCUUGGCCCAUCCAGCCGUCGGAGGGUUUGUGUCUCAUUGUGGUUGGAACUCUACUCUGGAAAGUAUUUGGUAUGGUGUGCCGAUUGCGGCUUGGCCUUUUUUUGCCGAACAACAAAUGAAUGCCUUUGAGUUAGUGAAGGAACUCAAACUAGCCUUUGAGAUCGACAUCGGCUAUAGAAAUGACAGUGGGUUGAUUGUGAGUAGGAAAGACAUAGAGAAAGGGAUAAAGGAGGUAAUGGUAAAAGAUAGUGAACAAAGGAAGAGGGUGAAAGAAAUGAGUCAAAUGAGCAGGAAAGCUUUGCACGAUGAUGGUUCCUCGUACUCAUCAUUAGGUCGUUUUAUUGAUCAAAUUCAAACCCCAUGAACCUAGUUUUAUGCUUGUUUUAACAUGCUGUGAACAAAUUUCUUGUAUCAUGGUCCUUUGUGUUGUAUGUAUUAGAUCCUAUUGUACAAUUUAAGAUUUACGGUUUAGACGAUCAUAUGUAUCAUGUUACUUAUAUCCCGAACAUGAAGUCCCAUUUCAGAACAUCUCAUGUACAUGUAGCUGUUCAACAGUUAUAGUACGUUUCACUUU